AUGCAAACAAUCCAAACGACACUUGACAAAACACUAUAUACGGUGCCAAAAAACUCCAGAGUAAAUGCCAAACACAUUAUAGCACCCGGAAAAGCUCACAGCGAAAAUAUUCAACGUCGGCCACAUCUCCAACUCCAGAUAUCCUCCCUUCCUCUCUCAGUUACCCUGCCGCAGGAACCUCACAGCAAAAGUCUAAAUAUUUUAGAAGACCCAAAACACAAACACAGACCCACAGGGCCAGAAUCACCAUCUAGCACGACACAGAUGUCGUCCAAUCUCAGCGGCUAUCGACCAUUGGGCUCGCGAUCACCCACCAAACAGCCCCGCUCCAAUCCCUACUACGGCCGGGGCGUGAGAUCGGCCAAUUCGGGCCGUGUGGGCAAAACCACAGCCGGUAGCAACUCCAGUUUCUCGUCCAGUUUUGCCAACACAAGCGGAAACACGUCCUUCUCGCGGGCCAAUCGCUCGGUCAACCUGGAUGCGUCGAUUCUCGGCGAUGUGACCGUCAACCGGUCGCUUUUGAGUAACAUUUCGCUGGUGGGAAGCGCCUCUACUGCUGGAGGAGCAGCCCGACACAAGACGUACAACCCCGACAUCCGUAAACUCGUGAUCGAACGCAAACGCGAGCCUGCAGACAUUCUGUUUGGCGAUGCUCCUCCCAUGGGUCGAGCUCGACGACAGCUCACCAACGGAGACCUGUCACGGCGGGAAAACUCCAUCCUGGACGAAACAUCAAUCUACGCUACCCCAGCCAAGAUUAACCGAACCAUUGACAAUGACACCUUUGACAUGACCGCCGAAACUACUUCUAAUAUGUCCAUGGCGCCUUACCCUGUCAACAACCAUCAACAGCACCGCUUCCACGGGCCCAUCACAACACACGAGGGACGUCACAACACAAUGACCACCGUGAGCGAGGAGGGAACACCCGCAAAGCUGCCCUCGGAUUACUGGAUGUUCCCGUCGCUGGAGACGCUCAAAACGUACACACCCGAGCAGCUCAAGAACGUCGAGGGACUCAACAUUGGCCGGAAGAAUUACGGAUACAUCAGCUGGCCCGGCACAAUCGAUCUGUCUGAGACAGAUCUGGACUCGAUCCUCGGCUUCCUCGUCAUUUUCUCACUGCGAGCAGUGGUAGUUUACGCCGAUGACACUAACAAGCCUCCUCUGGGCCAGGGGCUCAACAGUCCCGCUGUGAUCACACUCGAGCACGUGGCCAAGGUGGACCGACGGGGCAACAAGCUGGUGGACCCAACGAACCCUCGGGUUAUUCGACACAGACAGCAACUGCAGAAGAGCAUUGAGAGCAAGGACGGCAAGCAUUUAUCCUACGACCCUGCCUCGGGCGUGUGGGUCUUCCAGGUUCCUCAUUUCUCGCGAUGGGGGGUUCCCGAUAGUGACGACGAAGACGACGAAGACGGCGAAGAUGAGGGCGACGAGGACGACUGGCAGGAAAAGGCAGAGCAGGAAGAGGAGGAGGGAGAACAGGUGGAUCGUGAGGAGGACAUCCGGGGUGCCCACAGCCAGAAACCAUACACACAGGCUCCUCCAUUGGUGACGAGAGCAACUAAUGCUUCUGCUGCCACCAACACUGCUGCAUUCAAGCCUGCUGCAUCUGCUCCUGCAUCAGCCUCAAAGGCUGCUCCUGCACCUGCCUCUGCACCAGCUCGAAAGGCUGCACCGGCUCCUAGACACAACCAAAAGGCUAUUCCUGGAGGAUGGUCCUGGACAGCACCCGUGGAAUCUGACGAUGACGAUGACGAUGACGAGUACGACAACGACUAUGAGGAGGAACAGGGAGAGGAGAAUGACGAGAUGCUUGAAGACCAACUCGAGGAGGAUGACGAGAUGGAGUACGACGACGAGUUUGCCGAGGAUCAGGACAUGUCCCCCGAGACACCCGACUCCCAGGACUCGUCUGACUACGAGAACUUCCGCCAGGAGUUUGCCGUGGUCAACAUUGACCAGCAUGUGCGGCCUAUCUCGAACAACUGGCUCACUCAGCUCAAGUUCUCUGCCCAGGCAGGGUCUCCCUUGUUUGUGGACGCCGCAGGCAAGCCUCUGGUUGAUAUUGUUAGCAACGGCUCCAAGGAGAUUGUCAAGAUCGACCAGACUGUCAAUCUCGACAAUCUUCUAUUUACAAACACCCUGGUGAACGUGGCCGAGGAGGAGUACAACAAGGCUGCUGAGAAGCUGCGUCUUCCCUCGUACUCGGCAGCUGUGGAAUCGUCGUUGGCAAUCUUUCAGCCCAGCGGCCAGCUGGCUGUCAAGCUGCCCCAUAGUGAUCUCACAAUUGGCACUGUCAGCAAACUGUGCAACUUUUCGGAGAAUGCGCAGGACGACAACUUUCUGGGUUCAGUCAAGGAGGACAUGACUGCUGCUGACAGAAACAACGGCUACCCGCGGUACUCCCUCGAGUCCGUGCCUGCUCAUGCGGAGCUCAAGGGCACCGUCUACUCUUUGGCAUCCAUUCUUUUCCAGUCUUCGACUGCUCUAGGACUGUCAGAGUACAUUGGAUCGGCUCCUGUGGAUGGUCUUCAGGCGAGAGAGCUUGAGGCAUCUCUGCGAAAGCAGCGGUUGUCACAGUGGUGUGAGAAGGCUGUUUUCGAGCAGGUGCAGAGCGAGCUGGGUGACAAUUCCGUGGAAAAUAUUGUGACUCUUUUGACAGGCAACCGGGUCGAUGAGGCAUGCGCUGCUUGUCUCAAGACCAACAACGUGCAUCUUGGUGUUGUUAUUUCCAUGAUGGGCUCUUCUGCUUCUGCGCAAUCCACUGCACAGGCGCAACUGGACCACUGGCAGAGCACUAACGCCAUGGAUCUCAUUCCCGACUACACCCAGCAGGUGUACCAGCUUGCCGCUGGCAACAUCGACGUUGUUUGCAAGGCCCGCAAGCUCGACUGGCUGCGUGAGUUCGGUCUGCGGCUCUGGUUUGGCCGAAACCGAGACAUCUCGGCCUCAAUUGCCCAAAUCCAGUCCUCUUCGUCCGAUUGGGAUCUGCGUCUGCUCCGUCUGUAUGCUGGAAAGUAUAACUUGGAGCAGACCUUGACCGGAAAGGCCUUUGAUACCGCUGUUCCGUGGGUCCUUUGUGCAUUCUUCCUUCAGGGACAUGCCAAGGAAGCCCCCGACACUGCUGAUCGGCUUACUCUCCAAUACGCUGCCCAGCUGGAGUCUAUGGGUCAAGUGGAGAACGCUCUGCUUGUUCUUGGUUUUCUGGUUUCGGAUUCAGCGUACGCCCAGGCCAUCACCAAGCUUGUAGCUCGAAACAUCGUGGCGUUGCGUAAGCUGGAUCUCCGCAGCUACCGAAUCCACCCGCAACUCCUUUCCGAGUCUGAGGCGCUGUUGGCUCGAUACGAGAACCGCCCUGUCGAUGAAGUGCGGUACUUGUUGGACGCCGAGCUCUGGGGUGCUGCCAACACCACUGUUCUCAACGAUGUGGCUCCUCAGGCGGUCAUCAAGGGUGAUGCUCAGUCGCUGGAGGAUGUCAUCAUGCAGUUCCCCAGCCCUGAGCGCCACAUUCCCACAUGGAAGGAAGGGGGAAAGGUGUACCUAGAUUACGCUAGGUUCAAGCUGAGCAAGGCGGUGGAUGUUCUUGAGCUUGCAAACGGAGUGUCGCACAUGUCCAAGGCCCUUGAGGAGAAGAGCCAAUUUGAGACACGGGUGGCUUUGCAUGUCAUGUCUGACGAUAUUCAGCGGUCACUGCUGUUGGCUCCCACUACAGAUGAUGGUACCAAGGCGCUGGAGGUGCUCAACGAGGUGACGCUGUCGAUGAAACAGUGUGUUUAUAGUGCUGGAACUCGCUUCAAGGCCAGUUUUAGUUAA